CUCAUAGCUCGACCUCCAUACUUUGAGCAGCAGCAGCAGUCGUUACUGAUCACCUGCAAAGCUUCGUCCACUGUUGCUACUCUAAGGUCGACCAAGAGAUGGCUGCUUCCUUCUCCUCCACCGUCGGAGCUCCGGUGUCUACGCCGACCAGCUUCCUUGGGAAGAAGCUCAAGAAGCAGGUGACCUCGGCAGUGAACUACAAUGGAAAGAGCUUCAAGGCCAACAGGUUCACAGUCAUGGCCAAGGACCUCGACGAGGGAAAGCAGACCGACCAGGACAAGUGGAGAGGCCUCGCCUACGACAUCUCCGAUGACCAGCAGGACAUCACCAGGGGGAAGGGUAUCGUGGACUCCCUCUUCCAGGCUCCCAUGGGUGACGGCACCCACGAGGCCGUCCUCAGCUCCUACGAGUACCUCAGCCAGGGCCUGAAGAAGUACGACUUCGACAACACCAUGGGAGGCUUCUACAUCGCCCCGGCUUUCAUGGACAAGCUCGUUGUCCACCUCUCCAAGAACUUCAUGACCCUGCCCAACAUCAAGAUCCCACUCAUCUUGGGUAUCUGGGGAGGCAAGGGUCAAGGAAAAUCCUUCCAGUGUGAGCUUGUCUUCGCCAAGAUGGGCAUCAACCCAAUCAUGAUGAGUGCCGGAGAGUUGGAGAGUGGCAACGCCGGAGAGCCAGCCAAGCUCAUCAGGCAGCGGUACCGUGAGGCUGCAGACAUGAUCAAGAAGGGUAAGAUGUGCUGCCUCUUCAUCAACGAUCUCGACGCCGGUGCGGGUCGGAUGGGUGGAACCACCCAGUACACCGUCAACAACCAGAUGGUGAACGCCACCCUCAUGAACAUUGCGGAUGCACCCACCAACGUGCAGCUCCCAGGAAUGUACAACAAGGAGGAGAACCCCCGUGUUCCCAUUAUCGUCACGGGUAACGAUUUCUCCACCUUGUACGCGCCCCUCAUCCGUGACGGUCGUAUGGAGAAGUUCUACUGGGCUCCCACCCGCGAGGACCGGAUCGGUGUCUGCAAGGGUAUCUUCCAAACUGACAACGUCAGCGACGAGUCCGUCGUCAAGAUCGUUGACACCUUCCCAGGCCAAUCCAUCGACUUUUUCGGUGCUCUGCGUGCUCGGGUGUAUGAUGACGAGGUCCGCAAGUGGGUCUCCUCCACCGGAAUUGAGAACAUCGGCAAGAGGCUAGUGAACUCACGGGACGGACCCGUCACCUUCGAGCAGCCAAAGAUGACAGUUGAGAAGUUGCUGGAGUACGGCCACAUGCUUGUCCAGGAGCAGGACAAUGUCAAGCGUGUGCAGCUUGCUGACACUUACAUGAGCCAGGCAGCUCUGGGUGAUGCUAACCAGGAUGCCAUGAAGACUGGUUCCUUCUACGGUAAAGGAGCACAACAAGGAACUUUGCCUGUGCCGGAAGGUUGUACCGACCGGGAAGCCAAGAACUUCGACCCAACUGCGAGGAGCGACGAUGGCAGCUGCCUUUACACCUUUUAAGCAUGCCACUUUACUUAUUCUGAUGUUUCACUCUUUCUACCUAAGUCCGCAUCGCAUCCAAGCGAUGGCUGGGCAUGAAAGUUUUUGUUAAUAUAUAAAGGAUACCGAGUAUAUUCAUUUGGUAAA